AUGGCGUGUGUCCGUGUGAGCUCCACAGUAUUUUGCUUAAGGUCUUUGCGCAAGGCCUACGGAGGUACCCAGACUGCUUCAGUGACACUGGCCGCAGCCGUCGUGAAGAAAGUCCUAGGCGAUCGAGGCAAGAUCCGUAUAGGAUGGGUGAACUGCCGGAUCAGACGGGUGGAGAGAGUGAUCAAGUGCUUCAAGUGCUGGCACUAUGGGCAUCUCGCCAUCAAAUGUAGGAGUCAAGUGGACAGAGCAAAGCUCUGUACAAAAUUUGGGGAAGAUGGACACAAAGCUGCUGGCUGUGAAAAAGCAGCCCUUUGUGCCUUAUGCACUGAGAGAGAUCCAUCGAAGGACUGUGCCCAUAUUGCUGGUAGCAGCAGAUGCCCUGUCUUCAGGGAGGCACAUCAGAAGGUGAAUAAGAAACAGUAA